UUCUGUGUAAUUAUAGGCGGUUUCAUUUAAUCUUCCUGAUUCGAAUUAUCAAAAGAAUCAUUAUUGUAUGUAGAUUUUACACAAGUGUUUUUUAACGGUAUGAAGUAAUAUCUGCUUUAAACCGAGUUGCUUUAUAUACAUUUAAAGGAAAUCGUUAACAGAACGACACAACAGAAUCUGGAAACCAUGGAAAACAUGCAUUUCAUCAAAUCACUGAUGGUUAUGUCGAUCACUUUUAUCUUGUUGGUAUGUGGUUCCAAGGCGGAUGUAGUUUGUGACACUACAGACAAAGCAAUGACUUGCCAAUAUGACAUACCCAAGAAAAUACCCCCUGGAGUGACAGAGGUCUACGUUGAAAAUCACGGAGAAGUCCACCUGAAUAGAAACAGUUUUAGUGAUCCAAGUUGGAAACAUAUUCUGAUUCUUCAGAUAUACCAAAAUAAGACAACAACUAAUUCCAUUCAUGUUUAUGACUCUGCUUUUCGUGGAUUGGAUUCUUUGAAUGUGCUUGGUAUCCACACACGUAAAUUCAGUAUGGGUGAUAUACCUGGAAGAAAUAUUUUUCGCGGACUUGAAAACAUUACUGAACUUGAUUUUUCCGGGUGCGUCACUCUUAACAGCACCUUUGUUGCGUCAUCGCUUAUGUGGGAUGGAGAGUUUACAAAACUUCGCACUUUAAACUUAAACGAAGUUAAUACAUUUUGCGGAGGUAGGAGCAUACAUUUCUCUCAACUAUUCAUUGAUAUGCUGGUAAACAGAAGAAUUCAAAAUCUGAGUUUACGAAAAACGAUGAUUCAAUUUCAGCCGUUUGUUCUGAAAGGAGAUUCCAAGGUUACACAUUUAGACCUAUCUGACACGUCAUAUAGCAUAUCAUCACCCCCAGGCGAUGUAUUUGUUCCGUUUCUACAGUUAUUCAUGAACGUAAAGUCGCUGAAUGCCACACAAAUGUUUCCUUCGUUCUGGCGAGGAGAUCGGUUUCGUUUUUCUAACUAUCAUUGUACUGACUGUACAGAACUACACGAUGUGUAUGCAUUUAACCUAUUUUUCAUUGAAAACAUUUUCGCGAAUUACGUGCUUGGAGAUACUGGAUUUCCUGUUGAAAUAAUUAAUUCGACAUUUAACCUGACAUGCAGUAUGAAUUUAAAGGUAUUACAGUUUAGAGGAAAUAACGUUCGUCGAAUUCAAGGAACAACCUUUCAUUGGCCAAAUCAAAACUUUCUGAGUUACAUUGAUUUUACAGGUAAUAAAAUGAGCUUUUUGUCUUCAAACGUCACAAGAGGACUUGCAAAUCUUAAAACCUUUCUGCUAGGUGAAAACCGGCUAUCUGAUAUGUCUUCUUCUCCUGAAUUUAUAAAUCUGUUUGCAAACUGUUUAAAUCUAGAGAAACUUGUGUUGGACAGAAAUGGAUUAUCCUAUCUACCGGAGUCUAUAUUCCUUCGGAAUAAAAUGCUCACUUACCUAAGCCUUAAGGGAAACCUUCUGCGAAAAGUUACUUUUAAUACAAAACAUCUCAAGAAUCUACGGUAUCUAGAUUUAUCUGAUAAUUUGAUUCAUGUCUUAGAUGAACAAUCAAUGAAUUAUCUGAAUGAUGUGAUUCAUUUUCAAACAAACUUAAGCAUUAAUCUUGAAGGAAAUCCAAUAGAAUGUUCAUGUAAUAGUGCACCUUUCAUAGAAUGGAUACAGAAAAAAUCACUAUAUAUGUCAGGCCGUGACACAAUGCUUAAUUGCAAAUUAGAAGGCAGGGUAGUUGACAUCGAUGACAAAACUGCAGCUAAGACAAAAUUUAUGUGUAUAAGAGCAUUGGUGUACGUAUCCAUUUCCUUAGCAGUAGUUAUUGCAAUAGCUAUAAUUACAAUUGCGUUAAUAGCUGUCUCUAAAUUGAUCAAAAGACGUAGAAAGAAUGACCAGGUCCGGAGAUUUCUCAAAAACUAUCAAAAUAACCAGAUUAAAGAAAAAUUUCUGUGCUUACUGUCCUAUUCCAAUACGGAUAGUACUGUUGCCAUCGAACAUAUCUACAGAAAUUUGAAUGAAACAUUAAAGGAAAUUACAGGCCUUGAAUCAGACUCAGUUUGCAUCGAUGAACGACAUUUUCGUGCUGGAGCAGAAAUCGUGGCGGAAAUAAUGAGAUGCGUUUCAGAAUCUUGUGUAAUCGUGUUCGUCGUUUCCAAAUCAUUUUGUCAAAGCAACUGGUGUUGCUUAGAAGUAAAAGAAGCAUAUGAACAACAGAAACCGAUAGUGCUAAUUUUCUGUGAAGAAGUAGAUGAUAACGAAAUGUCUGCUCAUCUUAAACAAAUGUUUCAACGAUACACUCGUGCAAAACUCGUGCAACAGGAUGAAGAUGUCAAUGUCCAGCCCGGGGGUUGGGAAGGGCUGUGUGACUCUAUCAUACAUCUUGCCAGUCGACAGUAUGCAGAACAAUUAGAAUGACGUUUAUAAAGUGAAAACAAAAACAAAAAAGUAAAAUUCAUGAUUUGUGUCAUCACAUGCAAACUGUUUGUCAUUAACGGCCGCAUGUUGAUCUCACGUUAAUGUCAAGUUCACUCAGUUACCGACCAAUAUUCCAUAAAAAAACAUAAAUUGCGUAUCGUACAGUAAAACCCAAGUAAAUAGCUUCAUAACAUUGUAGCAGAUCAAAGGGUACUUCUCUUAUAACUCUCUUAUUAGAUAUAGUCUGAAAAUCUCAUUUUUAAAUGAAACAAUGACUUCUUGUCCCCCACUUUACACCUACAUGCUCUAAAAUGGAAAAGCUUGUGUUUCUUUAUUGCGGACGUAUUUUAUUUUUCUAUCAAGGUCGAAGUAUAUCUAUUCAGUUUUUAGAAGUGAAAGAAUAUUUCGCAAUAACUAACCAGGAAGAGAAAUUAUUGUCCGUGUACUCAAAAACACUUUUCGCUUGACUUGCAUUAUACCUGUUAUUUGGUAAGCUAUAUUAAUUUAGUGCCCUGCGAAAAAGGUAGUUGCAUGAUAGUUACAGUUACAACGGAAUGAUACUUGAGAAGUGUUGCUAAAAUACUCUUUAGUCAAAAAUAUUCAAGUGCCAACUAAUAUCAUGUUCAACCUUUCCGAUUCGUUUGUUAGUUCAGUUCUUUCAUACUCAAGCGAAGUAUGGGGACUAUCAAGUGCGGAAUGCGUUGAGAGAGUACAAAGGAAAUUCGUAAAAUGGACCUUAGGAGUUAAAAUGUUGACUAAUAAUGCGCGGGUAUAUGGAGAGUCUGGUCGAUUUCCAUUGAUAAUUGACAGGAAAGUAAGAAUCAUUAAAUAUUUUAUAAAAUUAAGUAACAGAAGGGAUAACUGUAUAUUAAACUCGAUAUUUGAAAUGUUGAUAAGAUUAACGGAAAAUGGCAUAGACAACUGGUUAUUACAAGUAAAACAUUUUUUGGGUGUGAUAGGAUUUGGAGAAAUCUGGAUUUUCCCAUCGUCAGUCAGUAGUGAAAGUUUCACACCUGUUUUAAAGCAGAGAUUAAAGGAUAUAUAUAUAUAUAACAGACUGGCGUGCAAGUAUCAAUGCGUACCCAUUAUUGUACCUAUAUAAGGAAAUCGAACAGACUUUUGGCAUGCCAGAAUACCUGAUACUAGUAAAUACUUUAAAAUAUAGACGUGCUAUUGCAAAAAUACGUAUGGGGUCAUAUGACUUAAUGAUAGAAAAGGCAAAAGAUAAUGAAAAUGUAGUUCCAAGAGAACAACGUAAAUGUGUUCUGUGUGAUAUGAAUGACAUCGAAAAUGAAUUUCAUUUUGUUAUGAAAUGCAAGUUAUAUUCAGAUAUAAGGAAAAAAUAUAUAAGUAGCUACUAUAGUAAAUAUCCAAGUGUAUAUAAAUUCAUUCAACGUUUAAAUUCGACAAAUAAAAACGUACUUAUUAAAUUAGCAGUGUAUAUCACUAAGGCCUUCAAGCUGAGACAAUCUUUUUUCAGAGACUUAACUUAAAUAGAUAGAUAAACGAUAUGUUACCGCUGCAUACACUUUUGUAAUAUGAUGAUCUAUUCUCGCCGUAUGUGUAUCUGUUUUUUUUUUUGUUUUUUUUUUUUUGUGUGUUGCUUUUUUUCUGUUUUGUUUCCUGAUUUCUAGUCUAUAUUUCAUGUUUUAUGUAUUCUUUUGCUUAGUAAUUCAAGUAUAACGUAUGCCAGAUGUGUUUAAUAUUGUAUGUAUAUGUCGAUGAGCUGAUAUAUGCUUAAGACUAAUAAAAGACAUGCUAUAAAAGAUAUGCUAUAUGCUAAAAUAUUGUAGUUUUCCAUUAACGUUAUUCUUUGGCCUUCUAUUUGAAGAGACCGUCUAUUUGUUAUACAUCUGGAGAUACAGUUGGUGCGGGUAAAUCAAUACUAUCGUUUAUACAUUUAAGAAAAGUGGCAAAAUGAAUAAAAAGCGUUAUCAAUUUUUUUUUUUUUCAAGAUCGAAAACGAUUUAACUUCGUACCUUGACGUGCUGUCGUCACCUUAUAUGAGGAUCUGACUGCUUUAAAUCAAUGUAUUAUUUACGAAUUUACACUUUUAUAUAGAAAAUAUAUGUGUCUACAACGUUCACUGUGUAAGAUAAUCUUUUAUUAUAGUGACAUGUGUAUGGUAUUGAUAUAUACAUAUAAAACAAUAUAAAUUGUAAACACCCAGUCCAACGGGCCUACACAACACCUAUAAGUAAACAAUAUUUCACGGAUGUGUAUGUCCAAUCUGAUUUAUGUUCAUAUAAAAUACUUUGAACUUGAUAUUAUGUUUGAUGCCACUCUUAUAUUUCAGUAUUUUUGUAUUUCUGUAUAUAGCGUGUGCAUAUUAUCUUUACAUUAUACAUAUUUGUAAUAUGUCUAUACCGUUUUUACUAUAUUAUAUAAUAUGUACAUACUAUUUUUGUACAGAAUACAUAUCAAUUGAAUGCCUAUACUUUCUUUACUAUUUUAUAUAGUGAGUGUUUACGUACAUUUUUUGUGCGGAUUAUAUAGUAUCAUAUUGCCUUUUCUUUCUUUACCAUGUUGUUUGGGUCUCCCUGGCCGAAUGGUUAAGGUUGCUUACUUCAAACCACAUGCCUUUCACCGAUGUGUGUCGAGCCGCCUCUCUUGGGCCAUUGAAUUCGUCAUGAAGGGAAGCCAUCUAGAUGGCUUACGGAAGAUCGUUGGUUCUACCUAGGUACCUGCUCAUGAAAUAAUGCACGGAUGGGCACUGGGGUCUUUCUCCAUCAUCGAAAUGAAAAGUCGCCAUAUGAUCUAUAAUUGUGUCGAUGCGACAUCCAAAACAAGAAACAAAAAAAAAUCUUUAUUUGCCGUGUUAUAUAGUGUAUACAUACUAUUUUUGUACAGAAUACAUAAUAAUAUUAUGCCUAUACUUUCUUUACCAUGUUAUGUUGGGAGAGCGUCUACGGAUCGCGUGGUCGCGAGUUCUAUCACCGGGCGGGGCGUUUGUUCUUCAUGACGAUUUGACGAUUUCCACUGUUCUCUAUUUCAUUAAAGACAUUGUAUCUAAAAUCAUUCGUCCUCCACCUCUGAUAAUAUAAUUCAUGUGGGAAAGUUGGCAGUUACUUUGUGGAUCUGUACUGGUACAAAAUCAAGGAAAACUGAUUUGGCUAAAUGACCCCCCCCCCCCUCGUUACAUGACUGAAAUACUGUUGAAAAACGGCGUUGAACCCCCUCACCCCCACCCCGUAAAAAACAACAACAACAACAACAACAAAUGUUAUGUAAUGUGUACUGCUUAUUUUUGUACAGAAUACAUAUUUAUAUUAUGUCUAUUUUUUUCCCUGUUAUAUAAUCUGUACUUCCUAUUUUUGUACAGAAUAUAUAUUAAUUUUAUUUUAUACUUUCUUUACCAUGUUAAAUAAUGUUAACUUUCUAUUUUUGUAUAACUAUUAUGCCUAUACUUCCAUUACCAUUUUAUAUAAUAUGUACUUCCUUUUUUUGUACAGAAUACAGAUUAUGCCUAUACCUUCCUUACUAUGUCAUAAAUUAGGAAUGUAUUUUUUUUUUUGUACUGACUUAACUUUACUUUACUUUAUUAACAUUGUUUAAAAUGUUUAAAUAUGUAAAUACAUACAGUAAACCUGACUUAUAAGGGACUCGGUUAUAAAUAACAGUUUUCAAUUUCCUGAUCUAAUUCCUUCUUUAUUCAAUGCAAUAAUCCUCGGUUCAAGGGAACUGUGACUGGAACAUAUGUUCCUUAUAACCGUGUGUUAAUUACGAGUGAUUAGCAAUAGCAUACAGUCCAGUUUACCAAAUAUCCGAUUGUAAAAAUUAUAGCAGAUGCCAAAAUGGACAAUAGAAAAUAUAUAAAAAAUAAUGUACACUUUGAUUCGUACAUGUUUGCAUGGCGCCGUUAUCUAUCUAGUGUGUGCAAUAUAAAAAAGAAUGAAAAUUAAUUUUAUGUUAGUAUUGAUGCCUAUCCACAUAAGAUGCAGUGGGUAAGGGAAGUAACUGCAACAUAUUUUAUUAUCAUAAUGAAGCUCUCUUUCUAAAAAAGAAGAUAGAUAUAACCGACAAAAAAUAAACAUAAAUUACGGUUAUUUUUACCGACGGUAUAUUUUGGCUUAGUUUAGGUCUUUACGCCGUGUUUCAAAACUAUUUCAGUCAUAAAAAUGCAGACAGUUUACCUUACCAUCCCUCCAUGAAAGGACCGGUACUAGACUCGCAACUUUCUCACAUUAAGAUUCAUGGUAGGCCCGAGUGUGAACACAUUGCUCUUUCCAAAUAUUUCAAAUAGUGUUCGCUAAACAAAUUGUGUUUUUUAUACAAAUCUCGGUUACAAGGAACUAGUUCGCUAUACGGAUAUAAGAAACCUCGGUUAUAAGGAACAUUUUAGAGGUCCCAAGCUGUUCCUUAUAAGUGAAGUUUACUGUAGUGUUUUUACCUUAGAAUUGAUCAUAUUAUGUUAUAUUUAUCAGGACUAAUCUUGAUAAAAUCAGGGCUAAAACUC